GCGACGCUGGCCGCGACCAGCGUCCUUGCUGCCGUGCUUCUAGCAGAUACAACGUUUUUGCUCUGGAUGGUCGUAUCACCAGGCGAUAUCGGUCACCACCGGCCCGCAGCAACCUCGCUGUGCAUUGGAAUCCACAGUACUGGAAGAAUCUUGCUGGUUUUUGCGAGUCUGAUAUAACACACGCAAACGACUUUCAUUUCUAAGACCUGGCCCCGCUGUCGUUGCUACUUUCACCACACUCUGCCCCUCCAUGCCCUCCCUGACGUUGAGACGAUUCAAAAGCCGCCGCGUCACCCAACAUUUCGACUACAACGGCGCUUCGGAUAGCAGUCACCAUUCGUUGACCAACAACGACAACCGCUGUUGGUACAAACAGCCCAUGCUUCAUUUUUGGCAGGGCCUACUUGCGGCUCUGAAGCAGUUAGCCAUGCUUCCUUCAUUGAUCCAUACCGUCCUGCCGUUGACCUCACGGAAGCGCAACAUGCGUGAGGCUCUGCGGACCUACGAUCGCACUAUGGACGACUUCUUGCGCGAAGACUACAGGAGCAAUUUACCCCCAAAGUUACAAGCUAGUGACAUUUGCAUGCUGCCAUCAUACAACCACAAAUUGCCAACGGGGCUUGAAAAAGGGACGUACCUAGCACUCGAUGUUGGCGGCUCGACGUUCCGCAUUGCUCUGGUAGAGCUGAACGGCGAGCAGCCCGGUGCCAAGAAUAUGCGCAUCGUCAAUAUGAAAAGCUUCAAGAUCGAUGAGAAAGUUCGUCAGCGCCGAGGGACUGAUUUCUUCGACUGGAUGGCAGAGAAGAUCGAGAUUGCCCUUGCAGAUGCUCCCCCUCACAAAGUCGACAAUAUGGACAGCUUUCCUAUAGGUCUGGCCUGGUCUUUUCCGAUUGAACAAACUUCAGUACGCAGCGGGAACCUUCUUGACAUGGGCAAAGGAUUCCACGCAACUGAUGGUGUUCUUGGUCAAGACCUUAGCGAACUGAUAAUGGCACCGUGCAGGAAAAGGGGUUUACCUGUGCACAUGGAUUCUAUUGUCAACGAUUCAGCUGCAACCUUGCUGUCACGGGCUUACGAGGAUCCAUCAACGCGCGUUGCUGUGAUCCUCGGUACAGGGUUCAAUAUUGCCGUGCACCUGCCCAUUUCGUCACUUGCGUCAUCCAAGUACAAAGGCUACCCCCAAAAAUGGCUAGACGAGGCCACGCAUGUCCUUGUCAACACCGAAUGUAGCAUGUUCGGGAAAAACGUCUUCCCGACCACUCGAUGGGAUGAUCAACUCAAUGCAACGCACAUGAGACCGGAUUUCCAGCCAUUUGAGCACAUGAUCAGCGGUCGUUACCUCGGGGAAAUCGUCCGGUUGAUCAUCGUUGAGGCUGUCCGUACUGCGGGGCUAUUCAGUGGGGAAUUGCCAGCGAAGAUGAAUGAGCCCUACUCUUUGGACACAGGAACAAUUGCGGCAAUGGAAAUGGACGGCUCAAAGCACCUCAGCAUCGCCACUGCAUUGCUUCAAACCAAGCACCCUCUCAGCAAGCCGCCCUCCUACAACGACAUCCAAUUCGUGCGCCAGAUUUCUCAGCUUGUCUCGCACCGUGCUGCGGGUUUCCUCGCCACGGGAAUCCAUGCUCUAUGGGCUUUGCGCACCACUGCUGAGGGCCUCACGCCAGCCUCCGCCGGUCGGAUGAGCAUUGGCUGCAACGGCUCUGUGAUCGAGAAGUACCCGCUGUUCAAAGAGUUGUGCCAGGAGCACCUGAACGAGCUUGCCGUUGCAUCUGGCGCCGAGUCAGACUCGAUCAAGCUCGAGAUCGCAAUCGAGUCCGCCAUCUUCGGCGCCGCCGUCUCCGUCUGCAGUCUCGAAGGCCAGUAA